CGGCAUGUGUGACAAUUUGAUGUGAACUACAUUUUCAGUUAUUGAGCUCCCGUAUGUCAUUUUCAAAAUGUAACAAUAAAUUAAACAUAUUAUGUAUAAAAAAAUUCAAUGGCGCAUUAUGCUUUUUGGAACUGAAAUACCAGUCAUUACACCAUGAAAACCUUCUGGUUUGUAUGCCCUGAAUGAUCUUCAACUAUCGCACUUAUAAUCGGGCGGAUUUUACAUGCGAGGUCAAUAGUGAUUUUUUCAAAUGAAGUGCUUUUCAAUAAUUUAUUUGGACGAACUGUUUUUGUUUUCACUAUGAAAAAUGUAGUCUGAACUCUUUUUUUUUCAACGAAGUUGAGUGUUGCACAAUUGGAAAAUUAUUUCAGCCUUGCUACAUAAGUUUGCGACCUUAUUUGAUUCGGAAGGAGUUGAGAAUUGAGUUUAUUCCAGCGAACUGGUUCGUUCUCCACAAAAUCUUGUGAACUGGUUAUUUUUCAUCUUCAGUUAAUUAAUUCAAUUGAUUCUAAAAUUGAUGAUACUUUAUUUUACGAGUCUUACGCGUUACUCGCCGGUUUUUCAUCGCUCUGCUGAAUUUUUUUAUCUUCGAAGAAUAAUCUUUGGAAACUGAUUCAUUCGGAUCAGCUUUUUGAUCAAUUGUCUUGGCUAUCCACAGUAAAACCUAAGUAUCAUGUUAAAUUUUUUACCAUUGAACGCGUGAACUACAGUUUCUGAAUUUCAAUUGAACAAGAAAGCAAUGUCAUCUCUGCACGAAGACGAAAGGCACGCUCGAAAAUUCCAUGAGACGUCAAUUCUGGGAGGCGAUUUAUUGUGCAUAGCUUGAAGUUGUCGAGCUUAGAAAAUUUGUUUGACAUUCAUUAGAACUUUUCCAACUCUCUAUUGACUCUGAUUCCAAGUGAUCGCUAUUGCCGCUUGGAUCGAGUUGUCGCCUUGCCGUAGUAUUGCGCGAGUGGUCUGGACUCUGUUAACAACAACUCCAACAUAUCAGCUACAACAACUGAUUUAAAGAUGGUGGUGGAUCUUGCCAUUUGCCUAGCGGCGAUCGGCUUCUCCUCGGCCAGUUUGGCCUCUCUCGUCCUGGACCAGUGGUAUCUGAGAAGGAACGAGGAGAGACUGGAAGGCAGAUUGGACGAGAGAUUACUCGUGGUCGGAGGAGACGAGGACGACAGUCUCUCCACGUGGAUCAUGAUCAAAUGGGAUGCACUCACCACUCAUUCGGCAUUCGUUACAGACCACAACUUCACAUCCACUGCUAUUUCAUCCAGCUCCUCGUCCUCCAAUUUGGAAGACGAUGUUUUUGUAAUUGAAUCAACCCCCUAUAUACGCCACCCAAUAACCCAGUUGAAUAUUGUGCAAUCAGUUGAAGGGGAAAAUGAAGAUGAUUUUUCAGUUACAAUUGGAGAUUUGUCUGACGAAGACUUUGAAGAGGAAGAAUUGGACGAUAGUGACAGUACGAAUACUGAAAUAAAAAAUGGAAAAUCACAAACAGAACCAAAAUCCGAAUCGCCCAUUUCUCUCUAAUUGACUUUUUGAUGUUCUUUAUUUGAAAAUGUUGAUAAAUCAUAAAUAGUUCAUGUGUUUAGUUUACACUUUAAUUCAGUAGAAUAAAGCGUGUCUGCAAGUUCCGUGA